UGUGGGGGUUUCCACACGAGACAAGAAUUAGUAUAUUGGAUGGAAUGCGUGAGCGAGUUUCAAGUCACUGGUCACGAACUGCAUCACGAGGAGUCAGGCAUCCAGGCACCAAAGGCACGUGCAUGCCCCUGCUUUUUUAUUCUACGAGUCUCUCCCACCGGAGUUUCCCUCUCACACAAAACCUCCCUCUCAGCGCGUGGAGUACGCAACCAGCGCAAAAACUAGACGGACUCGGUCCAAGGCAACAAUCAAAGACCCUCCAAGCCCUGCAAAUGGCCUGUGUUUGCCCCGUGUUUGAUGCAGGGGAUGGAUGCCAUCCUCUAGUCCGGUGUAUGUUCGGCCUGCUGCGCCGCGGAAGUUCCUGGGGGAGACGGCGAAUUAUACGACGUGGCUAUCGCUACCUUUGCGUUUGUGGGCCGCUAAUGGGCAUCUAGUAAGCUCAGCUGGUUGAGUUUUCGUGGGAGACCGAGACCUACUACAUAUGUAGUACUGCUUAUCAAUAAUAUUGACGCACACUAACUAACUAAUUAACUAUAACUAACUAGUAACUAACGACUACUCCGUACAUGACUACCGAAUCUCCGCAGAUCAUACCUUUUGAAGGGACUUCGUUCGAGGUUUGGGCGAUGUACGGAGC